UUGUAUGGAGACCUUUAGUUUAGAAUUAUGAAGGGUAAGAGUUGGUCACUCUUUUAAGUAAGUUAAAAAUAGAUACCUAAACAGCUAAAAUUCUGGUCUUUGCAACAAGAAGGAAGACAUCUCGAGGAUUUGAAAAUGGAGAACAUCUCAGGAAUAAAGAGUGGCAAAUGCGGAUGCCUAGAAAUGAAAAAUGAAUGAAGGUCCACAAAAGGAAAAAAGCCCUCUAAGAAGAAGUCAACAUGCAGAGGAACUGGACCGGUAUGUUUUGAAGUCUCUUCUGGAGAAGCCCUUUCAAAGCUCAAAUCUCAAUUGCCACGACCAGCACCUUCUUGAAUCCAUAGCAGGUUCUCUUCUCUACCUCCAGAGGUUAUGCUCCUUUAAGUUACAUCUGGCAUCCAGGUGACAACGGAGAAAUUCUUCAGGGCUCUCCUCGCCAACUAUCAACUUUGAAAGAUUCAUUAGAUUACCAACAAAUAAUAUGGAAGAAAACCCAGAUGAAAGUGAGACUUCUAUAACAAUAAGUAACAGCCACCUUUUGGAAGAAGUGAAAAAAAAAUGCAGGCUUUCAGCCAGACGUAGCACAAAAGAUUGUGAGAAGUCAUCAUUCAGAAAAAGCUUCAGGAUAGACUAUAGGUUAGAGGAAUCUGUAACUAAGUCACAAAAAGGAAAGGAUGGAAGAUACAUCAACCCUUGGCCAACAUGGAAAUAUCCGUCUCUUGCAGAUGUUUUGAAAUGGAUGAUAUUGGAAAAAGAUAACAGCAAAAUUCCACGUUGUAAAGAGGAACUGGACAAAGAACUUCCACUGGUUUGCCCAUAUUUUGUUGAAAAUCCUGAACAAGCUGGAAUGAAGAAAGGUGGUUUACGAGUCACGUGGCUUGGACAUGCAACAGUUUUGGUGGAAAUGGAUGAGAUAACAUUUCUCACAGACCCUAUUUUUAGUAUGCGGGCUUCACUGUCACAGUUCGUUGGUCCAAAACGCUUUCGCAAUCCACCAUGCACAAUAGGGCAGCUGCCCAAAAUAGAUGCAGUUAUUAUCAGUCAUACCCACUAUGACCACUUGGACUAUAAUACUGUACUUAGUUUAAAUGAGCGUUUUGGCGGUGAUCUGAGGUGGUUUGUGCCUAUGGGUCUCUUAGAGUGGAUGCAGAAUUGUGGAUGUGAGAAUGUGAUUGAACUGGACUGGUGGGAAGAAAACUGUAUUCCUGAACAUGAUGAUAUCACCUUUGUCUUUACACCUUCCCAACACUGGUGUAAAAGAACUCCAAUAGAUGACAAUAAAGUUUUGUGGGGCAGCUGGUCUGUCUUGGGGCCCUGGAAUAGAUUUUUCUUUGCAGGAGACACUGGUUAUUGUAGUGUUUUUGAAGAGAUAGGAAAACGAUUUGGACCUUUUGAUCUUGCAGCUAUUCCUAUUGGAGCUUAUGAACCAAGAUGGUUUAUGAAACACCAGCAUGUAGACCCUGAAGAAGCGGUAAGGAUUCACAUCGAUGUUCAGUCAAAGAAUUCUGUAGCAAUUCAUUGGGGAACCUUUGCUUUAGCAAAUGAGUAUUAUCUGGAUCCUCCACUGAAACUGAAUGAAUCUUUAGCGAGGUAUGGAAUUAACAGGCAAGAUUUCUUCACUUUGAAGCAUGGAGAAUCAAAACAAAUAAAUGUUGAAGAUGAAAAUCUUGAAUAAAUGUGGAUGAUAAAGACUGGAAAUAAAUAUGAAUAUCAGAGGGCUUAAAAAAAAUCUUGCAGGAUUUGAAAUAGUAAAACAAAUUUUAAAAUCGAGAGAGUGAUUUUCCUUUAAAUCGCAUUUACUUUAUAUUAAUUUGUGUUUUAUUCCAAGUUUGCAUUUUACUUUAUGUAUAAUAAUUUUCACAAACUAGCUAAUUUAUACAUUGAAAUAUUAAGAGGGAUAAAUUAGAUAAUGUAUGAAAUUUAAAUGUUAUCAACAAUGCAAUGGAAGUUUUUUUUUUUUUUUUUUUAAACUAAAGAGAAGUCGUUCAUAAGUUGGGUUCUAUUUCUAGAAACUGUAAAAAUGUUCAUUCCUGGCUUCAGGUUCUUUCUUUAUAUAAGGUGAUUCUAAAUUCAUUGUAUACCUAUAUAUUUUUAAGCACCCAGAUAGGUAAUGUAACUCCUCCAACCCCAGCAGUACUUUUGUUAUUAGAGUCAACAGAUAUCUCCAGCUAUGCUUUGCUUUUUUUUUUCUUUUCUUUUCUUUUUUUUUAAAGCAUAAA